UAGAGCACACAAGUCGACAGAGGCUAGACCAAGGGCCUGAAGAAUCCCCACGGGGAAGAAACGCGUCGCCUAGAGUUACUAGACCAACUAAGACUUGUGUUUGUGCCCUUGUUCACGUACAGUACCCGUGUGUUUAAUUCAAACCUGAGAAAACUGUGUUGUUACAAUGAGCGAUCUAGCCUCACUGGAAAAUGAGAGGAGAAGUGGGGUAGAGGAUACACCUCUAUGGGCUUUGGAAACAUGGAUUGCAGGUUUUAAAGCAGUGACAACAGAGGACGAGGACCACACCUGGAACCCCAGGUUACCCUACGAAGAUCCCCUAGACAACACUGAGGAGCAAUGCAGAGAGAUCAUCGCCCACAGAGGUAAACUAAAAACACACAAUGAAGGUAGUGUACUAUGUGGUACUUGGUCUCUAAUAGCCACUUUAGACCUAACAGAAGGAGUAUUGGAUAACCUACCCUUCACCCUACACCCAAGUAUCUUGACGUUCAUUAAACUAGCAGUAGACCCAUUCCCAGAGGGGUUAUCAGGUCGGAGACCAAUUAAGCCAUUUGACAAGAAGGAACAGAAAGCUUUGAACACAUUGAAAAGUUACUAUAGAUUGAAAGAUAAAUAUAGCGCCAAAGCCAAUUAUAUUCAGGACUGCUAUGCUAUGGAUGUGAUCCCAGAGAUAGGCUUUAGCCCUGCCCUACUGACAGGAAUGCCGGCAGACUGCCCCUACCCCAAGUGGUUUAUUAACACAUGUAGGGAACUCUCGGAAAAUUUUAUCCACACCAUGUCAGGCAUGCAGACCCUAGCUUUGCAAGUGGCAGCUUUACACAUGGAUGAGAAAAUUAAAGCUUUUAAACAAGUGCUAAUAAGGGAACUGGGAGAAGAACGAGCUAGGGACAUUGCAAGCUUUGCAGGAGCUCGGAGCACUAAACCCAGAAGAGUCCCGAAACCGGGUAUCGAACCCCUGUGGGACUGUAGCGACCCUAACCAGCCAGCUGAACCAUGCACUUUGAGCAAGCUAGAAGAAGAAUGGAAAUUCCUGAAGCAGCCUACAGAUAGUCCCUGCCCCUACCACAGCACCUUACCCUCUCCUUCCUCCCCCUCCUCCCCCCCCACCCUUUUCCCGUCUCUUCUUUUUUCGCAGGAUGACGAGGACGACCCAGGGACGGGAGCAGACGAGGGAAGCCCCGAGAUAGAGGACGAAGCUGUAGGACCUCCUCAACCGACAGAGGAAGAGGUGGAAGCGAGGACGGAGCAACAGGGACCAGCUAGGGACGAAAGGGAGGCCGCCCUUCCCCACCUAGCACGGACAGCGAGGGGAGCACGCCAGGCGCCCAGGGAACAGCACCAACAGCCGCCGAGACUACAGAGACAGCAGUCGACAGAGGACAGAAAAGUGAAAGGACGGACAGCCCAGCAGGGAGCAGCAACCCCAGGACAGACAGAGAUUCGACACCUGGUCAGAGGGGUCCGGGAGCUAGUACAAGCUCUAGCAGACAGACCGCCAGCAGCCGCUGAACCAGGAGCUGGAGCUCCCACCGUAGCCCCUAACCUUGUGCAGUUCUCUUUUCAGAAUUCCAGACGAUCCAGAGAACGAGACCCAAGGGACAGGGACGAGGACGAAUGGAAGACGGGAGAUCAUCCAGCCAGAAACCAGGGACACCAGGGACGAUCCCCAGGGACCAGGAACCCCCGCCCCUACCAGCAGCAAGGGAGGGACAGGAACUACCAGCGACAAUGGAACAGGGAAAACCACUACAGCAGGAGAAACCAGGAAUGGAGGGACGAGAGAGCAGUGGACAGACAACCAGGAAGGACAGCCGGGCAGCCCAGAGACAGGGACAGAAGACCCCAGGGACGUUGAGACUGGAGUUUGGACAGAGCUCAAACAAACAAGGAACUGUUGAUAUCGGCGCAGCAAUGGGUCUGCAAGAGUUGAUUUCGUCGUUAUCAGAAAACCCUUACUUCAGUGCUGGCUUUGGCUUGUUUGGCGUUGGAGCUGGAGCAGCAGUACUAAGGAAGGGAUACAUGAUGGGAAUGAUCCUAUUCCGGCGCCACUACAUGACUACCCUUGAAGUUCCCUGCCGUGAUAAGUCAUAUCAGUGGCUGCUUCAGUGGAUUACCCUUAAAGGUGCUAGGAAAACUCAACAUCUUAGUGUAGAGACAAAGUUUCAGCAGAUAGAGACAGGGAAAAUUACUACUCGUCAUGAUUUUAUACCCAGUGUCGGAGAACACUUUUUCUGGUAUGGCGGGGCUUGGCUAAAAGUGGAACGCACAAGAGAACAGCAUACUUUAGAUCUGCAGCAUGGCACUCCCUGGGAGAAUGUUACCUUUACUUCAUUUGGCAAUCAAAAGCAACUCUUUCGUGAUAUCAUUUGUGAAGCUCGUGACUUGGCAGUGAAACAAAACGAGGGUAAAACUAUAAUGUAUACUGCUGUUGGUUCUGAUUGGCGUCAGUUUGGCAAUCCACGAAAGCCUCGCCCGCUGAGCUCUGUUGUGUUAGAUAAUGGAGUGUCUGACAGAAUUGUAAAAGAUGUUCAGGAAUUUAUGGAUAAUCCAGAAUGGUACUCAAGCAGAGGAAUCCCAUACAGACGUGGAUACUUACUUCAUGGGCCUCCUGGAUGUGGAAAGAGCUCCUUCAUCACAGCUCUAGCUGGGGAAUUACAACUAGGAAUUUGUGUUCUGAACCUCAGUGAACGAGGUCUCACUGACGACAGACUUAAUCACUUAUUAGCUAUGGCAGCUGAGAAUACUGUCAUUUUACUCGAAGAUAUUGAUUCAGCUUUUGCAAGCAGAGAGGAGAGUGCAGAAAUAAAAGCGGCUUAUGCAGGUCUCAACAGACUUACUUUCAGUGGUCUCUUGAACUGUCUUGAUGGUGUAGCAUCAACAGAAGGAAGAAUAUUGUUUAUGACUACAAAUUACCCUGAGAGGUUAGAUCCAGCUUUGAUAAGGCCAGGUCGUAUUGAUGUUAAAGAAUAUAUUGGAUACUGCACACGUUACCAGCUAGAAAAAAUGUUCUGUAACUUCUAUCCAGAUACUCCAGCAAGUUUAGCAUCGACUUUCUCACAAGCUUCACAGAACCUGAGUGUGCCACUGAGUGCAGCAGCAGUUCAAGGUCACUUUAUGAUUUACAAAGAUGAUCCAGUGGGUGCAAUACACAAUGUUAUUCAGAUGGCUACAAAAAAUACUAUCAAAAGAGAAAAAGAUAAUAUAAUACCUGAGAGUAGAGAGGAUAAUUGUUUAACUGAUAGAAAGAAAAAUCUUUAGGUCAUGCCAUUAAUUUAAAAUUUCAUGCUAUGUGCUCUUUAAACAAUAGCCUGACUUGUUUUAGGUUCAGAUCAAUUACCUGUAAUUUACAUUGAAUUUACACACAUUAUUUACAACAUACUGUAGAAACUUGAUUUUUAAUCCAUCAUCAUCAGGAUCUGUAAAAAAUGUAGUAUUUUAUAAACAGCAGAGAACAAGUACUGUAAGAAAGGCUUAAAAAAGUAAACUUUCUUAAACUCAAUACAAAGACUAAAAGGCAUAAAGAGAAUACAAAUCGUGUUUCUACAGUAUGUUGUAAAUAAUGUUUAAAUUCAAUAUAAAUUACAAGUAAUUUAAAAAAACAUCAGCAAGUUUUCCACUCAGUAAUGGUGUUGAACACUUUUAUAAGUAAACACCUUUAAUUACACUUUAAAUAGCUAAAGAAAUUUCUGGGUGGAGUAUAUUAAUAUCAGUGUUGAAGUGUUAAACCCAUAAGCACAACAUUUGGGACUGAUAGUAAUAGUAAUAUAUGCUCAAGAUUCAUUAAUGUACUUGAUUACUACAUUGAUUCUUUUCUAUAAUGUUCACCAUGGGGCA